CAUUGUGACAUCACCAGACAACAAAAAGACUCGCGCUCGCGGAGCAAAGCGCUCCAAUCAAUGGCACAGACGCGACGCCCGCUGCAUGCAGAGAUGAGUCUCCGAGCAGCCUCCAAAAACUUCUGCUGAUCAGAAUUUUUUAGGUGAAAAAUGACAGAUCCAGGACUUUGCGAACUCGCGCUGUCACUCUUGGAAUUGCUGCUUUCUUUGACCUAAGCGUUUGCGCACUUCAUUAGAGUUAACUGCAGUCUAGUUUGAAGUGUUGCUCAAGUAUGAACCAGAAGAGGCGACCUGAGUUGCGGCGACUCUCUGUCGUGGGAUAAAAAAAAUCGCUUGUGGAUUAAAACACGAAUUCAUGAGGAAUUUAAGAGACGACGGGAACGCAGACCGGCCACAGCGCUUCCUCCUUCGGAACUGACUGAUCAUGGUCGCCGUGGUCCGCGCUCUCACGGUGCUGUUGCUCGGUCAGGUGUUGCUGGGAGGUGCCGCUGGACUCAUUCCCGAGAUCGACCGACGGAAAUACAGUGAUUCGGGGAGACACAUGCCGGAGCGAUCCGAUAUUAACUUUCUGAACGAGUUUGAGCUACGGCUGCUCAACAUGUUCGGACUGAAGCGAAGACCCACGCCGAGCAAAUCGGCGGUGGUCCCUCAGUACAUGCUGGACUUGUAUUAUAUGCACUCUGAAAACGAUGACCCAAACAUCCGGCGCCCGAGGAGCACUAUGGGAAAGCAUGUGGAACGGGCGGCCAGCAGAGCAAACACAAUACGAAGCUUUCAUCAUGAAGAGGCUUUCGAGGCACUGUCCAGCCUAAAAGGAAAAACAACGCAGCAGUUUUUCUUCAACCUUACCUCCGUUCCCGCCGAGGAGCUGAUCACGGCCGCGGAGCUGCGCAUUUUCAGGGACCAGGUUCUCGGGGGCGCCGGUGCGAGUGGUUUCCACCGAAUUAACAUUUACGAAGUGUUCAGGCCAGCAUUGGUCCCUUCCAAAGAGCCUCUUACCAGACUUCUCGACACGCGUCUGGUGCAGGACACUCACACACGCUGGGAGAGCUUCGACGUCAGUUCGGCCGUGGCUCGCUGGGCCCGCGAAUCCCAGCACAACCAUGGGCUCCUGGUGGAGGUGCUCCAUCCUGAGGAGUCGGAAGGAUCCGCGGAUGUCGAGAGGAACCGGAGGAGGCACGUGAGGGUCAGUCGCUCCCUUCACGCAGACGAGGACUCGUGGGCGCAGGCCCGACCCCUGCUGGUGGCCUACAGCCAUGACGGUCAGGGCUCCGCCGUCCUGCAUUCGAACCGAGAAAAGCGGCAGGCGCGGCAAAGACCGAAGCAACGCAGGAAGCAGCAGCAGCGUACGAACUGCAGGCGGCACGCUCUCUACGUGGACUUCAGCGACGUGGGCUGGAAUGAGUGGAUCGUGGCACCACCCGGCUACCACGCUUUCUACUGCCAUGGCGAGUGUCCCUUCCCGCUGUCAGACCACCUGAACUCCACCAAUCACGCAAUCGUCCAGACGCUGGUGAACUCGGUCAAUUCCAAUAUUCCCAGAGCAUGCUGCGUCCCGACGGAGCUCAGUCCCAUAUCGCUGCUGUACCUGGAUGAGUACGAGAAAGUCAUUCUUAAAAACUACCAGGACAUGGUGGUGGAGGGCUGCGGGUGCCGAUGAGAGCUACAUCUCCCCAAUGAAGACUUUUAUUUAUACAACAGAACAUUCAAAGAGCUAUUUUGGAGGAAGAAAAGAAAUAUAUAUGAAUAUAUUUAUGUUGACUGAAAAAAAUGGGAAAAUAAAUAUUUUAAUGAGAGUGCUUGCUUUUUCCAGUGGCUUUGAAGAUGUUUUUUUUCCUGUCCCAUGUACAUUUCAAAAUGAGUGCAAUUGCACAUGAAGUAUAUUGCUCAGAUUUUUAUGAUGUAUUUAUUGCAUAACCACUUUAUUUGUAAAUGAUGUGUAUUUAUCAUGAAAAAAUAUAUGAUCUUCAUUCAGUGUGCAUCUGGGAAUACAUUCUUUGAAACCAAAAAAUAAACUAUGGAUGAAGUUCUCUUUAAAAGUCAUGAUAUAAUAACAAACACGCUGUUGCAUAGACCCUGUGGUUACUUAUGCAAUACUGGAUUACAUGCGGACAGUUCAAAACGGUGAUAGUCUGAUAGAGUAAAGGCCUGUUCAAAACAAAUACUGUAACUAUAAAGUUUUAAUAAUCAUUCUAGUUCUAUUUAGAAUAGGGAAGUCCAUAGCACAACUAAUGACACCAAAAUAAUAUCACUUUCAGAAUGAUUUUCUUCCAGCUGAUAAACAAUAAAAACAUAAGACUUUCCCUGACUGCAGCGCAUGCUUAUGGAAUACAGAACUUUGUUGUGCAUUGAUGUUGUUGCUAAUAUAAUUAUCAUUAGAGUUAUUGUUCUUAAUGUGAAUGGGCCUUAAGAAUCAAGCGGGUACAGAAUCAGAGACAUGCCAGAAACCAGCGAGCCAUACACAGCGUGAUGCUUUCAAGGCAAUAUCAGCAUAACUAUUUAUCAUUUAGUGAUGACUUUCAAUUGAUUAUAUUAUUAAAAAAUGAGUUACACUUUAUUUUGAUAGUCCACUUUAGACAUUCUACUUACUACAGAGAUAAUCCAUCUACUUAAGCAUCUCUUAUUGUUUUUUAUUUGGUUUGCUGUGUACUAAACUAAAAUUAGCUAUUGAUCAGCUAGCUAUGAAAACGUGUUCAGGCAUCACAGGCAGUUGCUGUGAUGUGUAUAAAAUACAAUUAUGAUGUCAUUGAAUAGAAAAUCUGUAGAAAAGCCAAUCCAUUGUCGGCUUUCAGUUAAGUUGCUUAAAUGCAUUUAUGCCAAACAAUGCAUUCUGAUUUUGUCCAAAACUACUUUGUUUAGGGUGUUUCUGAACUCUGGGAGGGCACUAUGUGAUCUCAAAAGAAAUAUACAAGAAAGUGCAUUUUUAAGUUUUGUUUUAUAAGUAUGAAUGGUCAUAUUAACAGAAUUUUUGGGCACUGUUUAGUGAAGUGAAUCCAAAAUAUUUUCACAAAGUUAUGUUUUAAAUAGGUUUACCAUUGACAUCCAUUGGAUAGUUUGUCCAACGAUGGAUCAAUCUGGAACACAUCAGAAGCGCAGAUGUAAUUAUGCACGAUCAAGUGUCAUUCUGUGAUGCAGUUCUAGGAAACUACUGCACUGGUACUCUAGACAUGAUUCACAUCUCAUCUAAACUCAAAUAUUCAUGCAGAAACAUUGAAAUGUGUGUUUUUUUUAUAAUAAAUCACAAUGACCCUGGGGCCCACUGAGGGUUGAAC